CCCUGAAGAUGCUCUGCCUUUGUUACUAUUUCAAAACCCAAAAGAUCCAUACAAAUUGAGAAUAAAUCAACAUUAACAUCAUAACGCUCAUGACCAAGUCUUUGAAUAACAGUUUAAUAUUGGAUUUUAAGUGUUUUGAGGUCAUAGGUAGAGGAUAAAACCAUGAUAGGGUUAAUUUCCAUAGACCUACUACCCGGAUGCAGUCAUUCACGAGUGGCCUGACAGCAUCUGGUGUGCAGAGCCAUUAAAUCCCAUCCUCAUCCCUGCAAAGCUAGAGUGACAAUGUAUAACAGGCAAUCAGAAUCCCCCUUUAGAAUCCUUCUGGCCAAUCGGAUGUUAGUGGGGGCGGGCUCUUGGUCGGCAGGGAUCCUGUGUUUGCAGCAGCAUCCCUUUGAGCAGCCACUGUUGUGUGAAAUUCAAGAACAAGGGAAAGAAAUACGGGACCAUAGAUUUAAGAUUAGCAAUCUGAGACAACGCUGGUAUCCGGUGGCAACUAUCAGUGUUUUGUUACCUCUCUGUGUGACGUCUAUUAUGGAAGAAAUGGCUGCAUCUUCAUUGUAAACAGCCUGUACCUGCAUUGCUAAGAGAAGAAGCUGAGGAGGAGGGGCAACACAGACACAGAAAGACAUGCUUCUUCCAAUGAUAUUUUCCCUAUAGUUCUUCAUAUUAUAUCUAAAGGAUCAUAUGGAAAAGUCACCCUCUAGGCUUCAGCCACUCACAGGAACCAUGUCUUCCCCAUCUGUGGACGAUUGUGCGAGUUGAAUAUCCCAAACUUUAUUCUAUCCGAAGUUCUGGGCUGGACUACUGGACCAUGUCUGCUACUACUUCAACUCAGAGCACCCCAAGUCUCCUCUCUACCUCUCCCCCUCCCAUCUCCAGCUCUGUACCUGUCCCAGCCCUGUCCACCACAACCAGAGAAAGCAUACGGACCACACUCAUGACUGUUACCAUAGCGACCAAUGAGACCGCCUUCAACGCCACAGCAUUCCCGAACUCAGCAGCGGCAGAGACAUCGGGAAUGGGAAUGGUACUACUGCCCUUCGGAAUCAUCACUGUCAUCGGAUUAGCUGUGGCGAUUAUGUUAUAUAUUCGAAAAAGGAAAAGGUUAGAGAAGCUGAGGCACCAGCUGAUGCCCAUGUACAACUUUGACCCUGCGGAGGAACAGGACGACCUGCUGGAACAAGAGCUGCUCGACCACGGGCGGGACGGGACCAUCGCCGGACCCAAUGCCAAGACUCUGACAACCUCCCAGGGCACGACGCAGAGGCCCAGUCGGCUGGUCUUCACGGAUGUAGCCAAAGCUCUCAACGCUUAACAACAACCUUCCAUCUACUGCGUCUAUCUACAGAAUAAGUAGUGGAUAUGUAACAGCACUGGCUUAACUUCUCAUAGGAAGGGACACAAUGCACAGACCAGACUUUCAAUGAGAGAGCUGUGAUACAUACGCUGAGUUCACAUGACGUUACACUCUAGAGUAUAUAGAUUAAAACUGAGCUGGAGGACAGGUCUGAAUCCCAUGGCUGAACUUGAAUUUUAACUGUCAAACUGGAGACUGGCCUGGAUUAUGGCUAAUAUCUCUGUCAUCACUGGGCCUAUCCACCGACAUAAAAACUGGCACUAAGUUCAAUAUCUUCUCUGUCAACACAAAUGAACUAAGCUAAGUAAGGGGUGAUAAGUUUUUUUCUUUUUUUCUUUUCUUAGAGCUUCAAAAAGUGGUGGAAAAAUCAGUUAUAAAAGUGUGAUUUUUGUCAGUUGACAGAACUUUGAGCUGCAACUUCUGUUACAUAUGGCAAGUUUAUACACUCUUAAAAAAAAUAAUAAUCAGAUUUAAAAUUUGUGGAUUUUCUGUUCAACUAUGUCUUUCAAAAACAGUAAAUCUCUCACAGAGUUAUGUAGGCCCCUGUCCUCCAUCUCAAAUUAUAACAUCACAAUCUAGAGAGUGAACAAUAAUACAACCUAAUGUAUUUUGGAUUAAAGGGGAGUGCAUGUUAGACGUCACAAGGCAUCACAUACUGUACGAUCUUGCACUGUUAUAUCUCCACGAAUAUAAACCCAGUCAUGAUGCACUUUUUCAUGUCUUCAACUUCUCCAGAGCUUCUGUGUUUGAAUAAAGGGAGUGUGCGUUUCUUUCUUUUUUAGCGUUUUUGUCUUCAAACAAGCUUGAAUGAAAAUCUGUGUCUUCUUGAGUUGAUUUUGUUCAAUAAAGCAACACAGUGUAACUUUUUAGACAGUGUGCCAAUGUGAGACUGUUAUCUCUCAAUAAAUAACUAGAUGGUAUUUGCAAAUGUGUUGUUUUACCUGA